UCAUCUCACUAGAAUAUGCUGCCUCUUGUUGCACCCAGCCAACAACAGACAUCACUUGUAAGUUAUUUUUUUCCCUGACAAAAACUAAAAAUGAUACCCAAAAACAAAUGACUGUGAUUAUCCAGAGACGAUGUUUGACCACAGGGAUGGUCAGAUAAGAGACUCAGGUUUUACGAUGUAGAGGACUGGUGGCACUCCCAAACUUUGACCUGUUACUGUAGCACAUCUGUAAGGCUUGUUGGUAGCAUGCUGCAAACGCUGGUUGGAGAUGUCGCCCUUGGGAAAUAAGUGUGACUGGAGGAGAUUAAUAACAAACACUUAGAAAGCAGCGGGCUUACAGCCUAACGGAUAUGAACCCCCAACAAAAGCAAAGGCGGUGCACAAUAAACUCUCAGCCCUGUGGGGGGGGGGGUUUGAACCCCUUAAAUAGCCGUAAAACAUGGCUGCAGCUGUACAAAUACAGUUUCAAGGGUAAAACAAGGACAGACAGGGACAACCCAAGAGGAAAAUAGAGUAUUGAAGCCCUUGUUCCCAUCAAACCUCCUCUGUUUUUCUUCACUUGUGAUCCGAUGUGUCCCAAAAGCUCCGUCCACGCACGGCAAAACUGUAUCCCUUUAAUAAUACCCUCCCUCCCACCUUUUUUUUUUUUUUUUAUGCCAUUUUCUUUCCUCCCUCAAUACCCACCCUUCUCCUCCCCCUCCUUUUUUUUGCUCUGCGGUUGCCAUGACAACAGCAGCACUGCACCAUUCAUCUGUUGGAGACCCUGGGCUCCUGUUCCUAUAGUGAGAGUGCGCCUCUCACAUCUAUACAUAACACGCUAAGCGCUAAUGCAGUCACAGAGGAGGAAUGAGGAGCUCCUAUGUUUGCUCCUCGCCGGAAAACGCUGUUUUUUCUUUUUUUUCCUUUUUGUUCGUAGUGGCGAAGGUUUCGGUCACCUGUCAGCCCUCGGUACUACUGCCAUCAUAUAGGUGUCACCUCUGUGUCCCCCAGUGACACAGUGACUGCUGCGUUCUUCCUUCCUCCUUCCCUUUUCCUCCCUCCCCUUCCUCCUCCUCCUCCUCUCGCUCCUCCCGUCACCGCCACAUCUUGCCUGGCUCUGUAUCAUUUACUGCGACUGUAUUGAGCGGGCAGCAUCAGCACUGAAACCUGUGGAGAUUUCCUCAGGAAGGAAACAAGAGGGAAGAAAGAAAGAGAGAGAGAGAGAGAGAGCUUCUGUUCCUCCAUCCUCUCCUGCUCUGCUGCAGGUUUCUUUUUCCUGUUUUCGUUUUUUUUUCUUCUUCUCUUUUUUGCUUAUUUUUGAUGAACUGGUCGUCGCUCAGGGAGGAAGGACUGUUCGUGUCGCUAGACGGGGAAGGAGGGGAGCUGGUGCCGUACUCCAGCCUUCAGGAAUGCGAGAUCUGGUUUGAGAAUGCCCCUCUGCGGAAAGCAAAGUUUGUGGAGAGCCCUCGCAUUCCACAAUCAGAGCUUGGCUCCCCUACACACACCUCCACCACUGCCAAGAAUCCAGACCUGGACACAUACUGCCCUGGGGAGUCAAGCCAGGAGCUGGGCCCCCCUCCGUCGGUGGAUGAGGCAGCCAACACAUUGAUGACGCGCCUGGGUUUCCUUCUGGGAGACAAAGUGAGCGAGGGGCCAGCCGGUACCCAGUACAGCAUGGAGGAACCCGAGGCGAGACAGGGCCAGAACCAGAGGAUCAGCCCGUGCUCCACCCUGACCAGCAGCACUGCCUCACCCCCUGCAGGCAGCCCCUGCUCCACCCUCCCCCCUGCCAUGCCUGGCCAGGCCGGCAGCAGGGACUGUGCCUACGGCUCUGUCACCAGUCCCACCUCAACCCUGGAGAGCAGGGACAGCGGGAUUAUCGCCACACUGACCAGCUACUCGGAGAACAUGGAGCGAGGAGGCAAAUACGGCGAGGGCUCCCGGGGAAACCUGAAACUGUGGCAGUCUCAGAAAUCAGGCAUGGACUCGUUCCUGUACAGGGUGGAUGAAAACAUGACCGCCUCCACCUACAGCCUCAACAAAAUCCCUGAGCGCAACCUGGAGAGCAUGUCCUCCCACUCUGCCCACUCCAUCCCUCUGUACCUCAUGCCCCGCCCUAACUCUGUGGCCGCUACCAGUUCAGCCCACCUGGAGGACCUGGCGUACCUGGAUGAGCAGAGACACACUCCAUUACGCACCUCGCUGCGCAUGCCUAGACAGAGCACCACCUGCGGGCCGGGUCGCUCCGGGCAGGACCUGAGAGCUUCCGCUAAUAACACCCAUGCCUGGCAAUCCCAGUCACUGCGUUUUGCACCCUACCGGCCUCAAGACAUCGCCCUCAAGCCUCUGCUGUUCGAGGUGCCCAGCAUCACCAUGGACUCCGUCUUCACGGGCCGCGAGUGGCUCUUCCAGGAGAUCGAUGCCCACCUCAACAGCCCCAACGUCAGCACCAACCGCGGCGUGGCGGUAGUAGGCAACAUCGGCUUCGGCAAGACGGCGAUCAUCUCUCGCCUGGUGGCGCUCAGCUGCCACGGCACCCGCAUGAGACAGAUUGCCUCGGACAGCCCUCAGGCCUCGCCCAAACAUGGAGAGGGGCUCCCUCUCACUCAGCCCCAGCCCACGCACGGCACCCUGGGAGGAGGCAGCUGUCCCGGGACCCCUGAGAUGAGGCGACGUCAGGAAGAAGCCAUGAGGAGGCUGGCGUCUCAGGUGGUGGCGUACCACUACUGCCAGGCAGACAACGCCUACACCUGCCUGGUGCCGGAGUUUGUGCACAACGUGGCGGCUCUGCUGUGCCGCUCGCCGCACCUGGUGGCCUACAGGGAGCAGCUGCUGAGGGAGCCGCACCUGCAGAGCAUCCUGAGUCUGCGCUCCUGCGUCCAGGACCCCCUGGCCUCCUUCAGGAGGGGGGUCCUAGAGCCACUGGAUACACUUUACAAAGAGAGGAAGAUCAACUCUGAGGAGGACCUCAUCAUCCUCAUAGACGGUCUGAACGAGGCAGAGUUCCACAAGCCGGACUACGGAGACACCAUCGUGUCCUUCCUCACCAAAACCAUCAACAAGUUCCCUCCCUGGCUCAAACUGGUGGUCACAGUCAGAACCACGUUACAGGAGAUCACCAGCGAGCUGCCGUUCCACCGCAUCUCUCUGGACGGCCUGGAGGAGAAUGACGCCAUAGACCAGGACCUGCAGGGCUACAUCCUGCACCGCAUCCACAGCAGCCCGGAGAUCCAGAACAACAUCUCGCUCAACGGCAAGAUGGACAACACCACCUUCGGCAAGCUCAGCGCCCACCUCAAGGCCCUGAGCCAGGGCUCCUAUCUGUACCUCAAGCUCACCUUUGACCUCAUCGAGAAGGGCUACCUUGUCCUCAAAAGCUCCAGCUAUAAGGUGGUUCCAGUCAACCUGGCAGAGGUCUACCUGCUGCAGUGCAACAUGCGCUUCCCCACGCAGUCAUCGUUCGAGCGGGCGCUUCCUCUGCUCAACGUGGCCGUGGCCUCGCUUCACCCGCUGACCGAUGAGCAGAUAUAUCAGGCCAUCAACUCUGGUUCGCUGCAGGGCACACUGGACUGGGAGGAUUUCCAACAACGUGUAGACAACCUGUCAGUCUUCCUGGUGAAGAGGAGGGACGGUACCAGGAUGUUUGUUCACCCGUCCUUCAGGGAGUGGCUGAUCUGGAGAGAAGAAGGAGAAAAGACAAAGUUCCUCUGCGAUCCGAGGAGCGGUCACACCCUACUGGCCUUCUGGUUCUCUCGGCAGGAGAACAAGCUGAACAGACAGCAGACUAUUGAGCUGGGCCAUCACAUCCUCAAAGCACAUAUCUUCAAGGGUCUCAGCAAGAAAGUCGGAGUUUCCUCAUCCAUCUUGCAAGGCCUGUGGGUAUCCUACAGCACAGAGGGCCUUUCAGCUGCACUUUCUUCACUCCGAAACCUCUACACUCCCAACAUCAAGGUGAGUCGGCUGCUGAUGCUGGGCGGUGCCAAUGUGAACUACCGUACGGAGGUGCUGAACAACGCCCCCGUCCUGUGUGUCCACUCCCAUUUGGGCUACAUGGACAUGGUGGCUCUGCUGCUCGAGUUUGGCGCCUCUGUGGACGCUCCGUCUGAAAGCGGGCUCACGCCGCUGGGCUACGCCGCCGCUGGGGGACACAUGGCCAUUGUGACUGCGCUUUGCCGCAGGAGAGCGAAGGUGGACCACCUGGAUAAGAACGGCCAGUGCGCUCUGGUUCACGCAGCGCUGAGGGGCCACAUGGAGGUGGUGAAGUUCCUCAUCCAGUGUGACUGGAGCAUGGGGACACAGCAGCAGCAGUCGCCACAAACACAACAACAGGUGGCCUUCACCAAGAGCCACGCGGUCCAGCAGGCCCUCAUCGCUGCAGCCAGUAUGGGAUACACAGAGAUUGUGUCCUACCUGCUGGACCUGCCAGAGAAGGAUGAAGAGGAGGUGGAGCGGGCUCAGAUCAAUAACUUUGACACCCUGUGGGGGGAGACAGCUCUGACUGCAGCCUCUGGUCGGGGGAAGCUGGAGGUUUGUCGUCUGUUACUGGAGCAGGGGGCGGCGGUGGCCCAGCCCAACAGACGAGGCAUCGUCCCGCUGUUCAGCGCCGUCCGACAGGGACACUGGCAGAUCGUGGACCUCCUCCUCACACACGGCGCAGAUGUCAACUUGGCUGACAAGCAGGGUCGUACUCCUCUAAUGAUGGCCGCCUCAGAGGGACACCUGGGGACUGUUGAGUUUUUACUAGCUCAAGGAGCCUCUCUGUCUCUGAUGGAUAAGGAGGGUCUGACCGCUCUGAGCUGGGCCUGUCUGAAAGGACAUUUACCCGUCGUCCGCUGCCUGGUGGAGAGCGGAGCCGCCACCGACCACGCAGACAAGAACGGACGCACGCCCCUCGACCUGGCUGCCUUCUACGGCGACUCUGAAGUGGUCCAGUUCUUGGUUGACCACGGGGCCAUGAUAGAGCACGUAGACUACAGCGGGAUGCGUCCUCUCGACAGGGCGGUGGGCUGCAGAAACACGUCGGUGGUGGUCGCCCUGCUCAAGAAAGGAGCCAAGAUAGGAUGUCAGACGCUGCCCAGUCGGCCCCGAGGUCCAGCCACAUGGGCCAUGGCCACCUCCAAACCCGACAUCAUGAUCAUCUUACUCAGCAAACUCAUCGAGGAGGGGGACAGCUACUACAAGAAGGGGAAGGUGAAGGAGGCAGCGCAGCGUUAUCAGUAUGCCCUCAAAAAGUUUCCACGCGAAGGCUUCAGCGAGGACCUCAAGACAUUCAGGGAACUCAAAGUAUCGCUCUUCCUCAACCUGUCCCGAUGUCGGAGGAAAAUGAACGACUUUGGGAUGGCUGAGGAAUUUGCUACGAAGGCACUCGAACUGAAACCAAAAUCGUACGAGGCAUACUAUGCCAGAGCACGCGCCAAGCGUAGCAGCAGACAAUUUCCUGAAGCCUUAGAGGACCUAAAUGAAGCCAUGAGAGUGUGCCCCAACAACCGAGAGAUCCAGCGGCUGCUCCAGAGGGUGGAGGAGGAGUACCACCAGCUCAACGAGGAGGAGCAGCAGCAGCUGGAGCUGGAGCCUCCUCCCUCCCCUCCUCCUACGCCUCCCCCAGAAGACGAGGAGUCCCUGUCCCUGUCCCUGUCCAUGCCUCUUCCCCCUCCCCCGGAGCCCCGUCUGGAGGACAUGGAGCCCGUCCAGGACCUGUUUGAGGACGAGGACUACCUGGAGCAGGAGCUGGAGGCCAUGUCUGUGUGUCUGCCCCCACCCGAGUCUCUCACCAAUCCCUCCAGCCUUCCCAUCAUUCAGAGCCCGCCGCUCUCCCCGACACACCCAGAUCAGAUCUACUUAACUGGAGGUUCACCUAUGGGCCAGCCCUACGAAUACCACCCCACCUCCUCCUCCAUGUCCUCUCCAACCCGCGGGUCCUACCAGCCCACAUCGCCCUCCCUCUCCCCGACACAUCAGAACCACUACCGACACAGCCCGCCUCAUACCUCCCCGGUGCACCAGUCGUCCUAUGGCUUCAGCCCGCCUUCUAUGGGUUCUGGGGGUCAGGGGAUGGAUCACCAGAGCCCGCCGCCUUCCCCUUUACGUCGGGCUGCUCAGUACAGAGCCAGUCCGCCAGUAGAGAGUGUUUGUCUGUACAGGUCCCAGUCUGGGUCGCCUGUGCGCUACCAGACAGAGCAGCUCCCCGGGCGACCCAAAUCUCCCCUCUCUAAGAUGAGCAGCCAGCGUUCGUUCCAGCUGAGCUCUCAGCCCUCUCUGUCCUCCCAGCACCACCAAGCCCAAGGCCUUCGUCUGCAGCCUUCUAUAGCCCAGAUAGUCCGCACAAACCAGCCCAGUAAUGUGAUGGGCAACAGCAUCUACGCUGGCCAGAUGGGUCACUCCAUGGGUGGCCGCUACCAGGGGGGUUCGGUGGAUGUAGAGAGCCGUCUGGUGUACCAGCCUUCCCUGGAUGGACGGUCUAUGCCCCAGGUCCAGGCCAGCCACAGCUCUGGGGCCCUCUGUCAGCACGGCGGCCGAGGAGGGGUUAUGGAGUCGGGCCUGUUGAAGGAUGAUCUACCCCAGCGCCCCUCCUCUGCCUACCGCGCCAGCAGCGGGGGCCCGGGGGGAAUCCGUUACAGCCAGACGCCUCAGAUAAGCCGCAGCCAGUCGGCCGCCUACUACCCGGUCUCUGAACACGUUCUGGAGCGAGCCAAUGCCAUGCCCCCCUGCCAGCUGGGCUCUCCUGAGAUCCCACACAUGGUGAGACGCCCCGUAAGUGCCAAUACUACUGAGAUGAAGCAGCACGUGCCCACCCCCAGGCCUCUCAUCCAUUCUCAGAGCGUAGGCCUUCGAUUCUCGCCCUCCAGCAACAACAUCUCAACUGGAUCCACCUCGAAUUUAGCGCCGGGCUUCAGGCCUUCCUCUUCCAUUCAGCAGAUGGAGAUCCCCCUGCAAGCCUCAUAUGAGCGCAGCUGUGACGACAUCUCUCCCAUCUCUCCCUCGCAGGGCGGCGGAGGGCUGUAUCCGGGCGAGGCCGCCCGCUCUCGGAACACACCCUUCAUGGGCAUCAUAGACAAGACGGCGCGGACUCAGCAGUACCUGCAUCAGCCCUCGCGGUCCAGGGGCAUGACUUCCAUGGACUCCGUCAUCAGCCCCACCUCGCCUGGCCAGCUGGUCCAGCAAGGCUCCACCUACAGUCCCCCCGCCUCGCUGGGAAACAUCGCCUACUACAACAAGACCAACAAUGCCCAAAACGGACACCUGCUGGAGGAGGACUACUACACCCAGAGCCCCCCCUCGCUGGGCAAGCUGGCCAACGGCUCCCGCGGCAGCGGGGACAUCCUAGAGCGGGUCAGCCAGGUGCCCACCUACCCGGAUGUGAAGGUGGCGAGGACUCUGCCCGUGGCACAGGCCUACCAGGACAACAUGUACCGCCAGCUGUCGCGUGACUCCCGGACCCAGGGCCCCACCUCCCCCAUCAAACCAAAGAGACCAUUUGUGGAGUCAAAUGUGUGAUGGCCUGUCUGUGAUUGGUCGGUUGAGCUGGACUUUGUUAGUGGGAGUGAGAGGAGAAAGAUAUUUAGCUCAACAGCCGAUGCUGCUGACCCUCGUGUAUGUGACAUGGACAUCUUAAAGAACUCAUCGGAGACGGUCAGAGAGAAACACACUUAGGGUAUUAGACAUUAUCUUAAAAACAUAACUAACAGUGAGAAGCGACUAUUUCAUUAUCAUACUCUGCACACAGGUGGGAUAACAGGAGGGUCCUCAAGUUCUGAUCUCAUACCGAAUCAAAGACCAGUGCACUUCCAAAACGUUGCGUGGCACAAACGUUCCCACGAGUGAACACAACAACAGGUGGGACUGCGAGAGUGAAAGUACUAAUCAUCGGACUCUACUUGUGGACUCUGUAUCCAUCUUCUGUUCUUUCAAAGUGUGCUCUUAACCAAGGUUGCUAGUAGGCUCUAUUCUAUGUAACACAAUAUUAUAUGUUCAAUACUGUACAUUGCUCAGAAAAUACAAAAAUGGCUCAACAACUCAGUACUUAGAGAAAAAUGACAAUAUUUAUAAUUAAGUUAUAUAUUGUACAUAGAAAGAAAACAUAGUUUGCGUUUGAAUUGUAUUCUGUUAACCCUGCCUUUGUGUCCCACUGCUAGUCAUAUGGAUGUGGAAAACCCGACCAGGGUAACGAAUGAGGGACAUCGACCAACUUUGAGUGAUAUAAUUACCUCUUUUGUGUCAAAAUAAAAAAGAUUUGUCGUGGUUUAAUGCAAGAAAGGGCUUUUCUAUGCUGCAAUACGUCCUCAAUGAUCUGAAUGCUGCAACUAACAAGUAUUUUAUUCUUCAGAUUCUUAUUUUUUCCGUAAAAUAUACCCAAUAUAAUAACGUGUUUCGUCCGACCAACAAUCCAAAACUGAAAGAUAUUCAGUUAAUGAUAUAAAAACAAAGAAAAACAGCAAAUCCUCACAUUGGAGAAGCUUAUUCAUUUCCUGUCAGUCAAACUGUUUUUAGCUCCAAGUUUAUAAACACUCAUAGAGAUUCAAAUCUUACCCAGAGUACCACAAAGUGCAUGUAAGCACUUUUUAAAGGUCAAGCUGGUAUUAAAAUGAUUUAGUCAGAAUGAAAAUCCAACUAAUGCACAAUCCUUGCACCUAUUUUUGGUUGAUUUAAUAACUUUAAACCAGUCACUUCACCUCAUUUCUGAGGUUCAGAUACAUAAAUUAUGAUUUCUUUUUAGUAUCAUUACAGUAUCACAGACCUCAUGAUACACCGUUAGUGUCAAGGCUGCAUUCUCUUACGUUUUCUUAACAUAUUAAAUCAUAAACAGCUUUAAUCAUCUGCUUAUAUAAACAGGGAAAGCAUCCGUUGCUAUAGUUUUAUAGUUUGUUUUUGCAGAAUUCAUCAAACUUGUUUUGAGGACAGAUUGCAGUAUUUGGCCUUGAGUGCAAUAAUUUCUGGUUUGAGUCUUUGGCUGCAGGAUUUUUAAAUGAAUGAAUGAACGGGUCAAAUGAUGAACAGAAAAUCCUGUUGUGAUGUGGUGAUUUUAUCAUGUUUGUAUCAAAGUUCGCCUUUGUCCCUCCUCCGUACGUGAUUACGCUAAGAGAGUGUAUGCUAGUGAUGGGUUAACAUGGAAAGCGCUCAGCGAUUAAAAGCAAGCAAAUGCAUACACGACCACUGUUACAGACGUUUCCCCCUUCUCCUGCAUUACUCUGUGUCGUUUCUUUUUACCCACAAUGCAUUUUUAUUCCGCCACUUCUGCACUAAAAAUGCCUGUUAAGUUCUUAACUAAGGGUGCACUUUAUGUAUUUUACUUACUUUGUUGUUACGAUUGUUGAAUUUGGAGAAAGUGGGUGCGUGAUGAGGAAGACCUCUGACCAGUGAGACUAGACUAUCAUAGAAAAUAUUAUUAUUAUUAUUAUUAUAUGAUUUACAAAGCGGUGAUGAAUGACAAUAUGAAGAGCAAACGAUGUUUUUAAACUGGUGAUGUAUAGACUUUCUAGCACAAGUUGUAUAUACUGACUCAGAUGUUCCACUCAGUCCAGCUCGGGUUUGUUAGAGAAGCAAGUCUGAUCAUAUUUAAGUAUUUCACAUCAUAAAAAAAAUAACUAUUAAAGUCUGAUAUCUCUAAAUUAGCCAGUUUAAUCCACUGGUCUUGCACACAUUAAGUCGAAUCUACUGCAACAAAAAAUAAAAACUCCAUAUCUGGAGUUUGGGUGAUAGAGAAAGUAAAAUAAUGAGAAUAUCCAAGUUAUUUGUAUAUGUGGGAAAAGUUAUAGACCAUUUGUCUGUAACGUUUUAUUUUAUUUUCUCGGAUAAAGAAUAUCUAAAAAGGGACGGUUAGUUCUCAGUUUCACCUGCUACCAGAGAGAUGCCCUACUUAUCUUUACAGAAAUGAAGGUAUAAACUGUAUUAUACUUAAUUUAAGAAGACUUCUAAGUUGAGGAUAUUUGAGGGCGUAUGGUUUUCAAGCUGUCUAUGUAUAUUAGUUUGCUGUAAAUAGUCUGAUGCAUGUUCUAUUCUUUCCAUGAGCUCAAGCAGAAACGUGUAUAGCGGUGUUCUGACCCCUGGUGUGUGUGUGACACAACGCUCGGAUCAAGAUAAGGAGACUGCGAUUCCCUGAACUGUCCUUAUCAUUUUCCUUCGACCUCGCCAGACAAAAAGCAAAAGGUUCUUUUAUUUUAUUUUAAUGUAUUUGCUUGCUGAGCAGAGUUCUCUUGUCUGUAAAUGUGAGCUUUCAGAUCGCUGUGAUAAAAAGUUUAAUUAAAAACAAUAAAAAAGAAUGUGUUUUUA